UAUGUUAAAUUACAGUUGGCAGUCGGUUUUUUACACUCGUUUGUUGCGGGCGUGGAGCUCGUAAAUUUUUUUCGAUUUAAUUAUUUUCUUGACGCGCUUGAAAUUCAAUUGUGGUUCGUUCAACUGACGCGAAGUGAUUUUAAGUGUACUUAAUAAAAUCUGUUUACACAUAAAUUCAGCGUGAUUCGUUGGCAAAUUAAAAAUUGAAUAAAAAGAAAAAAUAAAAGCACCAAAAUGGCAUUGAACAACAACGAAAGAAAAGAAAAGUGAAAAGCAAUUUUUCUGCUACGCUUGAGAACCGAAACCGAACGAAACACAACACAAUUGUGAGACGCAAAGAAGACGAAGAAGCGAAUAGCUGAAGAGAAGUAGAGAAAAAAAGAUCAUGAUGCGUGCUUGAUGACGACAACGGUAGCGACAAAUGCGGCAGGGGGAGGGGUGAUAACUAGUGUCAAACAAUGCAAGACAGACAACAACAACAACAGCAAGAAGAAGAAAAAACGAGCAACAACAACAACAACAGUAUUUGUAUUUUCACAUAAUUGACAACGAGCGCCUGCAAACGUGAGCAUUGCACGAGAGCACAAAACAGCAACAACAACAAACACAAGAAAACCAGAGAAGCCACAAGAGCGCAAGAAAAUUAGACGAAGCAACAAAUAAGAUAUACAACAACAGCAACCACAAGAACGUUCAGCUCACUCAGGCAUCCAAAAUAUAUAUAUCUGCGUGUGUAAAUACAAUAGAUGAAUCUGUGUGUGUUUGUUAGUGCAAGUUUGUCUUGAAAGCUCUGGCACGCUCAGCAAUUUGAAGCUCUCUGUGAAAAUUGAUCAAAGAAAGGAGCAGACAAAAAGAAGACUCGACACAUUAACAGUGUAUUCGUGUAGAUUUGGCUUAAAAGCUUAAAAGCUCUUUUUAAGCUUUGAGCCUGCUGUGUGGUAGGAUAACGAACACAUACUAUAACAGAAUGAGGAGCUUUUGGCUAUUGCUGCUGCUCUUGCCGCUUAUCAAUAACACAUGCAGCCAGGAAGAGACAGCAGGCCCAGAAACAACAACAACAACAAUAGCAUCCACAACAACAAUAGGAUCCACAACAGCAGCCCCAUCUGCUGGCCAGUCACGACCACCGCGUGUCACGCUCAACAAGUGUUGCCACCAGGGUGAAUAUUUGAAUGUGACCACACGCAUGUGCAUUGCUGGCGCCUCCGAAAGAUGGGUUCCACUUGUGUUUCUGGUGCAGCAGCGACGCUUCUUUAAGCCCGAAGGCGACAGGCCGCGUUUCAUCAAGUUUCUGCCCAAUGUGCAGCCCAAUUGCCAGGAGCAGGGCAAAAAGCUGGAGCACUUCAGCAGCCGGCAGGCAAACGUAUUUCUCUUCCAGAAUGGCACCAUGUCGGUGCGAGAGCGUGGAAUUCAUGUGGAGCCCAUCAACUACUGUGUGGAUCAGGAUGUGGCACUGGUCUGUGUGGAUCAUGAACCGAUUCCAGCGAACAAGGAACGAAUGCCAGGUGAUUCGCAGUCCACAGAUGAUCAGAGUGCUUCCAUGACCAGCAGCAGCACGUUGCGCAUGCGCAAAUGCUGUGGCAAGCGUGGCAUCUAUGACAGCAGCGUCAAGAGCUGCACGUUGCAGACGCCGUCGGAUUCGAAUGGUCAGCUGCAGUUGGAGCCACAACUGCCACUGGGCAGCUAUCAGACCACCUAUGGCCUGCCCGAGUGUCAGGGCAAUGGCAGCGGUUAUGGUUACGGUUACGCCAUCGCCGGCGAUUGGCAUGAGGCGACUCUGAAUCGCACCACCGGCUCCUUGCACAUGAUGCACACGAAUCUGAGUGCAAUGCAGUAUUGCCUGGAGCAUACAGAGCGACCUGGUGAGGUCAAGAUCAUUGCCUGCACCCAACACUUUGCCCAGGACAACGGCAAUCCUCACUAUGUGGACGAUGGGAGUCUGCAGAAGGCUGUCCUGGAUGUGGGCAUCAUCAUCUCGGUGGUAUUUCUGGCUGCCACUCUGGUGGCGGGUUACAUGUUGCCAGCGGUGCAUCAUGCCCUCCACUGGCGUUGCCAGAUCUAUUAUGUAUUUAGCCUAUUUCUCGGCAAGAUUCUGCUGGUUAUCGAACAGCUGAGCACGGCUCUGGUGCCAGGUACCGUUAGCUGUCUACUCCUGGCAAUGGGCAUGCAGUUCUUCUUCCUGUCCGCCUUCUUUUGGCUCAACACGAUGUGCUUUAACAUCUGGUGGACAUUUCGCGACUUUCGGCCCAGUUCCCUGGAACGCAACCAGGAGACACUGCGUCUCCGGCUAUACUCGGCAUAUGCCUGGGGCGUUCCUCUUCUAAUCUGCGCCAUUGCCGCUUGUGUGGAUCAGUUGCCGGAGACGGAGACUUCGCUGCUGCGUCCGGGCUUUGGUCAUCUCUAUUGCUGGUUCGACAAUCGUUCCUUGGCCAUAUUCGCCUAUUUCUAUGGUCCAAUUGGUCUGCUCCUUUGCGCCAACAUAAUGCUCUUCAUCUCGACAACGCAUCAGCUGACCUGCGGACUGUGGAAGCGGGACGAUGUCAAGUCCACGUCGGAGAAGUCGGCACUGGGUCGAGUGUGCCUGAAGCUAGUCGUUGUCAUGGGUGUCACUUGGAUUUGGGACAUCAUCUCGUGGCUGGUCGGUGGUCCACAUGAUGCCUGGCUGGUCACGGAUCUGAUCAAUGCGCUGCAGGGCGUCUUUAUCUUCAUUGUUGUCGGCUGCCAGCCGCAGGUGUGGACCGCCUGCAAACGGAUCUGCUGCCCGCGAUUGACGCACGACAUCACCAACACCACCAAUGGGGUACAGCACUCGAGCAGCUCACAGGGAUUGCCCUCCAUGGCCGGUGGUGGCACCGAAUUCACCCAAAAUACCUCGAUGAACAUAACAACAACAUCAAGUCUUGCCCCAGCCAGUCCUCCCACUCUAGAUGAUGCCACGCCCACGCCCACUUCUCCAACUUCAACUCCCACCUGUGCUGCAACUGCAACAGCAACAACUACAAAAAUACCGAUGGAGACUAUUUGCUAAAGAAAACUGAGACGAGCGACAAUGCGAAAGUAAACCGAGUCCUACAGCAACAACAACAACAACAAUACAACAGCAGCAACAACCACAACAACAAUGACAAUGAAACGGGCCGACAACAACAACAAGCAUUCACACUUGCGCAAUAGUAACCACAACAAUAGCAAUAACAACAACAACGGGUACAUUCAACAUUCAAGCACGCGCAUUGACCGAGUGGUCAGCAACAACAACAGCAAAAACUGCCCAGCCCAGUUCAGCUGGCCAAGCUUAUUUCUCAAUCUCAUUCUUCUAUGUAUGUGGGCAGCACAAGUGGAUCCUGGUUGGGAGCGGCGAUCUUUCCAAAAACUGAUGAUCUGCUUGUAAACACCAAAAGUUUAUUUACAUAGGGCACGUUUGUGUGUGUAAUUGUAAUUGUGCUGUGUGUGUGUUUUGUUUUCGCUGCGCAUAAAAGCGCGCGUUUAAUUAAACAAACAUUGAACUGGUUAAUAGUUUACUUUGAUAUACAUACAAACAUACAUAUAUAUGUAUAUAUAUGUAUGCAUAUGUAUAUGCACACAAACAAAUGUACAUAUUUACAUUUAUCAUCAAAAGUUCAACGCAACGAAACUGAUCAAGGUUAAAUGGCCUAAAAAGGCAGCAACACAUAAAUGAUAAAUAGAAACACAAAA